GCCGGGCCGGGCCGCGGCCUGCGCCGUGAGGAGCCGGGCCGGGGCCAUGGCGGGGCCGGGCUUCGUGCGGACGCUGGAGAAGCGGGACGGCUCGGCGCUGCGGCUGCAGCAGCGCGGCGCGGGCGGGGUGGGCUGCGUGGUGUGGGACGCCGCCCUGGUGCUGGCCAAGUUCCUGGAGAGCGGGGCCCGGGCCCUGCGCCGCCGCGCCGUGCUGGAGCUGGGCGCGGGCACCGGCGCCGUGGGCAUCAUGGCGGCCACGCUGGGGGCAGAUGUUACGGUCACUGACCUUGAGGAACUUCAGGAUUUGCUGAAUGUUAAUAUUGAAAAGAACAAGCAUCUAGUCACAGGCUCAGUUCAAGCCAAGGUACUGAAAUGGGGUGAAGAUGUAAAAGAAUUUCUGCCUGCACCAGAUUAUAUACUUAUGGCAGACUGCAUUUACUAUGAGGAGUCAUUAGAGCCAUUACUGAAGACCCUGAAAGAACUGUCAGGUCCUGAUACCUGUAUCAUAUGCUGUUACGAACAAAGGACUAUGGGUAAAAACCCGGAAAUAGAGAGAAAAUACUUUGAGCUGCUCCAGAUGGACUUUGAGUUGGAAAAGGUUCCCCUGGAGAAACAUGAUGAGGAGUAUCGGAGUGAAGACAUUCACAUCUUGAACAUCCGAAGGAAAAAAAUGGCAGGAAUUUCCCAUCGUGAGAUCUUUGACCAUGUUAACUGAUCCUCUGGAGAGAAGAGAGAGAGUAUCAAUUAACUCAAAGAGCCUGUCUCCAAAGCUGUUCAUGGCUCAUCUACAGAAUUCUUCUAGAUGGCGGAUUGGGGAUGAGACAUAAGAAGAAAGUGGGUCAGUCGCUAUAGAAUCACAAUCAGUAUCCGCCUUAGAGGACAAACUCGAUUUUUUAAUAUUGACAAAGCAGCCUCACCAAGAGAGAGCUAAAAAUGGGACUGAAAUGUAACCUAGAUUGAUGUCAUGUUCCAUUCAUCUGCAUGGGCCAUCUGUAUAGAUGGGAGGGCCACACUGGUGAAUCAGUGUCACAGCGUCAAAUAAAUCAGAUCCGAGCGUUCCAUAACAAAGCCCGUCUGAACAGAAGGGCAUGCAGGAAGCUGAAGGUCACCCACUUUUCCCGAAGAGGAAACUCCUUAUUUUGCCUUGAAUUUCGCCUUAAUUUAAGAGCAGAUGUCUAUGUAUAUUUCAUAAAGAGUUUGUACUUGAGAUGGUUCUUGGUUAGCUUUUGUUCUGCAUGCAGUUUUGAAGCCUUCUCUAUAGUUAUGGGUUACUUUAACUAAUUACCCACCUCAAGGUGGGUGUUUACACCUACUUUAAUCUUGGAUAGUUGAGCCCCCAAGAUUGACUAUAGUAGAGUGGUUAUCCGUAGAAGAGAGCCUGCCCCAUAGUGCACAACAGAGAUGCAACAGUGAUUUUUCUAUACUAAUUACUUCUAUUAGCUAACCAAACAAUACACACACUGCUGUCUGGUAAAGGAGAGACCAACCAAUCCAGAAUGAUGGUAUUUGCAUUACCCACAUUAGGCCUUGCGGAAAAGUCUGAAGUGUUAGCCUUCAUCCUCGCUAUCAUCACCACCACUAGUGGUCAUCAUUUUGUUGUCUUCCCCCACCAAGGCGCAUGAGCCAGGAGACAGCUUUUCUGACGUGAUAGGCUGAUGUCCACUAGCGUUCAGAUGUAUUUAUGAAGAUUUUAACCCCUUUUCCUUAUUUGCAUUUCCACAUCUCACUGUGUUUGGGGUUCCCUGCUUUGCAGAGGCUAACUUGUAAAUUCCUCUCCUACUCAUUAGCAUUUACCUCACUUUAUCACUCAGCAGUUAUUUUCAAAACAUCAGCAUAUCACAAACCUAGACACAAGCUCAGCACGUUUAUUAUUAACUUAUCCUAAGGCCUAAUUUGGCUAAGCUAAAUAUUUUACAGGCCUGAGGCAUGUAGGCCUUGUGUUACAAUAUUAAUUAGUACUUAUUUCACUUCUGUAUACUAAAUAUACCGGAUACCUUUUAUCCUUG